AUGUCUUCGUUUGUCAUCUUACAAACCCAGAAAAAGAAGCAGUGUUUACACUUAGAUGGAUAUAAGUACCACAAGAAACGUUCGAAUGCGAACGGAACUGUUGCGUGGCGGUGUGCCAACCAUGGUUCAUCCUGCUGCCCUGCAUCAAUCCUGACGGAAGGAGAUCAUGUCAAGAACACCCUUCGCGACCACAAUCACCCUCCCGAUGAAACAGCCGUUGUCAAGGACCGGAUCAGAAUGGAACUAAAAGAAAAAGUGGCCUCUAAUCCUCACGUUGCAGCUCCGACGCUCUACAACCAGGAACUUCUUCGCGCAUCUCAAGCCAGCGCGGCCGAUGUUGUAGCUGAAAUCCCGACUUUCGCAAGCCUGGAGAACGCCAUGUACAGAGAGCGACGCCGUCAUCAGCCGGAACUUCCUGCAACUGCGGACGACAUUCAGCUGAGCCCGUUGUACCAACAGACAGAAGACGGCCAUCCCUUCCUUGUAAUCGAUGACACUAGUGUUGGUGGUUCUCGGAUCUUAGCCUUUGCAUCACGGGAGGGUUUGCUGCGCUUGUCAUCCGCGAAGAUGCUCUUUGUUGAUGGUACAUUUUUUGUUGUGCCUCAGAUUUUUGAUCAACUCCUGACCAUUCAUGUCAUGUCGGAUGGCAAACACUCACCCGCAGUGUACUUUCUGCUGUCUGGUAGAUCUCGUGAGACGUAUGUUCGAGCAUUUCAAAACUUGAGGAAUGUAUUCGCUGGUGCGGGCAUCGUGUUUCCGAAUCCUGACAUUUUUCUAACAGACUUCGAGCAGGCGCUCAUCGCAGGCUUGUUGACUUUAUUCCCAACCGCAAUCCAUCGUGGGUGCCAUUUCCAUUUCACAAAAAGAGUGUGGGCUGCAGUACAAAGAGCCGGCCUCCAAACUGCGUACGGGCAGGAUGACACUAUUAGGCGUCAUCACUGUGCUUGA